AUGCACCCUGGCCUUAUCUGGUCGCCGGAGUGGGUGAAGUUGGGCUUCAAAGAUGAUGUUGGCACUGAUGACAGCCAGUAUGCUCAAGGUAAUUCCGCAGUUUGGCUCGCAACCCCGAACGCGGCAUUCCUCCAUGGCCGGUUUGAUUGGGCAUCUUGGGAUGUUAAUGAGCUGUCCGAGGGACCAAUUCACGAGAGCCUUAAGGGGGACCCUUACUAUCUCAUGAUGACCAUACGUGGUGCCAACCCAUGA